CUUUUGCCUUUUGUCCCUCAUGGGCUCCCUUACUUCACACACUGUGACAUCAUCAUUAUGCUGAGCAGAAGUGUUCCGUGGUAGCAGGGGCCUACAGCUGACCCAGAUACAAGAAUGUCCAUGGAAUUGUGCGCUUCUCUCUCCAACAACUCAAGUUCUUGAAGAAAUGAAGACGAAUAUGUUGGCAAAUCACAUGUGAUCCUAUCAGCUCUUUUCAUCGGCUGGAGGUUGAGUUGCAAGUAAAACAGAAAAUGAGUCACAGAGGACAAGAAACUCAGGGGACGGGACUGAGAGACGUCUUUGACAUACUAGGUAAAGCACCUCAGGAGCGACUGCUUAGCCUGACAUUCCAGCUGGGUGAGUCUCCUGAAGAUAAUAUCAUACACGCCUUGUGUCUGAUCAUUCUCCAGAAGGAGGCACAGGCCCUGAACAAACUCCAGUUGCUGAGGGACAACUACCUCGCUAAACAUCUGGCUGAAAUAUGUCAGAUGAGUGGAGGUAAACUAGAAGAUUUUGCCAUUCAUUGUGGUAAUUUCCAAGAGUUUACAGGAGAAUCUUUGGCAGCGUUGGCUCGUAUUUUCAAGGUUUUAUCAAAACAGAGGCUGUGUGAUCCACUUCUGAGAAACCUGGCAUAUAAGAGAGCUCUUUCCAGUGACGACCAAAAAGCAAGCAGUUGUGAGGAUCUGGAGUAUGAUCGACUCAGUGAGGAAGCUAAAGUUGUUUGUGGGCCACAGUUUGUAGAGUGGAUGUGCACCCCCACAGAUCUCAAGUCAGAGUCUUACCGUGACCUUGAUAGCAGCCUGAGUGAAGGCAACACAACUUUAAAAGCGACCCAGGAUCAGUCAGACAGAGCUCACAGUCUGCCCAGCCCACUGCAAGCGUCCUCCUCAAUGCUCUCAUACCCUACUCAUCUAGAGAUAAGUUUACCUCCAACGGACUUAUUUCCAGAUGACAAAAGAACUCCAGAAAAAUCCGACACCCAUGCGAGUGGAGCAAAAAAUGCACCUGGGCAAUCUCAGAAAUCUCAGGAGCCUCAGCUGAAAUCCAAUGAACCUCCUAUGUUUGGAGCAAAGAAACACGCAAGGAUGGAGGAAACAUCUGCUGCAGAUACCAGUAAGUUGGACAGUCAUAUCACUCUGAAUGAGACUCCAAUCCGAACCACCAAACCAACUACUGAAUCAAAUUUUGCACUACCUACUGCAACAAACAUUGUCCUACCCAGGAUGCCUGUUGCAAAUGAAAUGCAUGUGAGUAAUGGUGCAGAAGAAGACGAGGAGGAGGCCACAUUUUAUCCAUUUGUUAUCUUGCACGCGCCAGAGGAUGCAGAGAUGGCUGAGAGCAUUACGGAAAAACUGUCAAAGGUCAUUGGUGACGAAGGGGCAACUUUCUCUGAGGAAUUUGCCACCCCUGGGAAGUGCAGUCUGACUUGUGUGGCGGAUGCUAUCAACAACACAGCCUUUACUAUUCUGCUGCUCACCCACAACUUCAACAAUCACAUGCAAGAGAUAGAGACAAACUCUGCUCUUAUCAACUCCAUAAACAAAAAACACAAGCACAACACUGUUAUCCCUCUGCUGCCACAGGAGAAUUGCAUGCCCAGACAGAGCAUCCCUUUGGUUUUGCAGGGGAUAGUUCCACUCACGGAGAGCAAGAGUUUUGAGAGAAAAAUACAAAAGUUCUUGACUCCAGCAAGGAUUAAAAAACUGAAGAAACACUGGCUUGAAGAGCAGGAGGUGAAAAGGCAGAAAGAGAAACAGGAGAGACUAAAGCAUUUAAACCAGCACCAAAAGCAGAUGCUCAAGGAGUGUAAAGCAGCAGAGUCACUGGAGAGAGAGAACCUCGGGCUUUUAGUGGCACAAAAACUUCUUCUCCGUCCCAAUGUGCCUACAGAACAGGACGGUGCUGACGGCAGGGCUUGGUGGCAACAACAACCAAAUAUUCAUAUUGAACAUGCUAAGUACAUUAUGAUCGGUAAUGACUCUCAAAUGACUGUGGACUUGAGUGGAGGUGCAGACAGAGAUGAUGAUGAGCCCUAAACUCCCUCUCUCUCUCUAAAAAAAAAAAAAAAAAAAAAAUUCAAUUUAUCAGUCAAUUUAUUUGUAGAAGCUGAGAGAAAUAAUCAUGUUUUCUGAACACUAAAAUGUAACAACCACUGAGGGGUUUUCACUGCAGAUUGUUUCACUGUUGGGGAAAGACAAUUCAAUAAAACUGUCACAGGAGCAAUUAAGUGUCUGUUGAGCAGAAGGACAGUGUUUCAAAUUCAUAUUUAGCAGAGGACUGCCAUCUACUGACCGAUAUGUGAUACAUACUCCUCUGAUCUCAUGAGCUGUAGGAACCCACUUCAGGCACUAGGGGGCAGUGCUGUUAUACGCUUCUCAUUGCUCCUCAUUGCUCCUCAUUGCCCUUCACAGGAACUUCUUCAGUGUCGUUCAAUAGCACUACUGCUCUGGUAUCUGAGAGCUAAAAGAGAUGCAAUCUUAAUUUGAUAUUUUCCUUUUGUUUCCAAGUGUUCAUGGUGUUUAAAUCCUUAUGUGAAGGUACAGUUUGGUAUAACAAUAAUUGUAAAUCUGACUACAACAGCAGCAGUCUGUUAACGCAGUGUUGAAGACAUGAGCAUCACUGAUUGCCACUUGAUUGUAAAUGAUCAAAUCAAUUGUAAGAUUUUAUUGGUCAGCUCAGGUUGAUGGUUAACAGGGAACUAUUCACAUAUUUCUAACAUUUUGUCUAAGAGCCAAACUGCACACUGAGCUUCUCAGACACGUUGCUUUUAAUAGCUCAAGCAGUGAAACAAACUACCUGAGGAGAUCAGGUAAAAACACUUCUAUAGCAUUUCAUUUUCUGUAGUUUUUACUCUUCUUUUCAUCCCCUCAUUAGCAUGUGUUCAUUUUUGCAAAUAUUUUUGUAUCGGUAGUUUUUCUGAUGUUUUCUGAUGCACUUGGUAACCUUGUUUUUGGCGGUGCUUUAUAAAUAUUUUUUUCUGAUUCUUA